CCCCAACUGUUGCAGAUCCGCCCCCGAGAAAAGCAACAAAUCGCACUGGCCCCCAUCCCCGCCGGCCCCACCCGUCAGCGACGGCGCAAGGGAAGGGCCGAGCGCCCGAGCCUGAGACGGCCCCCUUUUGCAGGAAACCCCUCGCCCUCCCGUCCAUUUCCGCCUCGCCGUCAUCCGUCCUUCCUGCCGUUGCUACCUCCUCGUCCUUCUCCAUCUCUCUCUCCCUCUCGUCGCCUCGGCCCAGGGACGGGGGACGCGAACCGGCGAACGGCCUCCCCUCCUCUCUCACCGGCCGCCCGCCAUUGCCGCUUCUUCCCGAGUGCGGCUCUGAUUGAUUGGGGAAGGGUAGAAGAUGGUUGUCCAGGAGUUCGCCGUCGAUCUCGACAAGCCUCUUGUUUUCCAGGUUGGCCAUCUCGAGGAACACUACCAGGAAUGGGUUCACCAACCCAUCGUCAGCAAAGAAGGUCCACGCUUUUUCGCAAAUGAUACCAUGGAGUUCUUGACACGCACAAAGUGGUGGGCUGUGCCAGUCAUAUGGCUACCCGUCGUCUGCUGGCUGUUUGCCAAGUCUAUUCUGAUGGGUCACACCAUUCAGGAAUUAAUCCUUAUGGCCCUGUUUGGAGUGUUUGUCUGGACGUUGAUUGAGUACAGUUUGCACCGCUUCCUCUUCCACAUCGAGACGAAGAGCUAUUGGUCGAACACAGCACAUUACUUAAUCCAUGGAUGCCACCAUAAGCAUCCUAUGGACUCGCUCAGGCUCGUAUUCCCUCCUGCUGGGGCAGCGAUCUUAUGUGUGCCGUUCUGGAAUGUUGUGGCAUUCUUUGCCAGUCCAUCUACCACCCCUGCGCUAUUCGCUGGUGGCCUGCUGGGGUAUGUGAUGUAUGAUUGCACGCACUACUACUUGCACCAUGGACAGCCAUCCAUAGAUCCAGCAAAGCAUCUCAAGCGGUAUCACCUCAGCCACCAUUUCAGAAUCCAGGACAAGGGCUUCGGCAUCACCUCUUCGCUCUGGGACGCCGUUUUUGGGACGUUACCUUCGUCCAAGAUUGCUGUGAAGCUCAGUUGACACGCGUAAACGUGUUCUUUGCAUGAGAAAGUUUUAGAGAGGAUUUGUAGGUCAAGGUUAGGUGCGAAGCUCCUCUCGCCUUUCUGCUGUGGGUUGGAGUUCCUGUGGCGUGUGCCGAUGCCUGUUCCGGUGUGAAGAUGUUCGAUUGGCCUUAAAAUUCCAUCCCCAGCCAAUGGGCUAUUAUUCUUGGUAGUCGAUGCUAUAGGAUUCAUCUUCGUGUUAGCUAGGAUAAAUAGCUACAUUCUGCAACAACGCUUGUCAUUUUUCUCUCUUUGGUUUUAGUUCUCGGUUGUUCAGAGUAUGAUGCAAAGAUGCUCUUUUCUGGUUCCCUA